CUGCCAGUCAAAAGGCAGGAAAAACUGGUUUGUGCGCAUUGUCUGCUAGUUUCUAGUUUUGUCUUUAAGUGUUCUCUCACUUGAUAAGAACUUGCCGUUCAGACCAUGGAGACGCAUAGGAGAGAUGCACCAGUCACCCUCCACACACUCAGGGACCUCUUACCUCUGCCCACUGAGAAAAUACAUAAACGAUUAUCUGACGAUGAUGACUCCGGUUCAAGUCAUAACAAGGACACGGACAGAGAGACUUUCAGCUCACAGCUGCCCACAUUGAAUGAGCUACAAGAACAGCUGGCAGUGGUUGGUGACAAUCGCCAUUCUUCUGUGACAGGCCAGAAUGGUUACUCAGACCAGAUGACUGUGGCUGAAGAUUCUAACCCAGAUUCGCUUCCGAGGAAGCCCAAAUACAUUGAUGAAGCGCUACCGGAUCUGCUCCGGAGUGGGAGCCCCAUCCGCAGACGUGUGUCCAGCCCCGUAUCUGCCACGCUAAAACAGGUAAAAAGGGAGGUAGAACUGUCACGACAGCGCAGUCUGAAGCUUAAGGCUCAGGUGGAUAGACUGCAAAGGCAGAGUGAAAGCGGACCUGGUUGGAGUCAAAACAGAGAACGGGUGACAGAGGAGGUUCAGUCUAUUGUGAAGCUGCUACUCCCUUUGACAGACAUCGAGACUGCAGAAUUAGAUCAGCCCUCUGAGGCUAACCCUUUGGAUAUUGCACUGCUACAGCUGCAGAAUGUGGCCCGUAGACUCGCCCUAAAUCAUACCUCUCAGGGAAGUCAGAAGGCAGGGGAAGAUGCUGCCAUUUUGCAGCAAGCACUGCGGGACAGAGAUGAGGCCAUUGCAAAGAAACAAGCAAUGGAGUCUGAGCUAUUGAAAAGCAAGAAUGAACUGAUGACAUUGAAUAACCAUCUUUUGGAGGCUGUUCAGAAACGACUAGAAUUGACCAUAGAGCUGGAAGCCUGGAAAGAUGAUGUACAGACCAUUCUUCAUCACCAGCUCCUGAAACAACAGCAGGAGGAACAGGCUCAGAAGUCUAGAGGGUUUGGAGUUCUGCGGCGAUCAAAUAAGCCCCUCCCACCAAAACCCGAUUAUUCCACCCUGACACAUGUGCCUGUGUCUAUAUCACAUUGUCCAUCUCCUUACACUCUAGGAACACAAUCUCCAUCUCCUAGUACUCCAGGAACACAGAGAUGGAAGGACAAAUUCAGACGCGGCAGAACUGGUACACAAGGACCUGUUACUGAGUCUCAGCCACAAAAGAUUAACAGAGAGGACAAUUUCUAUACGGUUUCCUUGGACUGAAUGGUUUCAGUAACGCAAAACUUAUGGAUGAUCUCACAUCCAAAGCUCUUCUGUAUUGUUCAUCACUGUACAAUUCACAAUGGGUGUUCAUUGAUUUGGGUCAUUUUGCCACACCACCUUGUAUGUCUAUAUAUUUUUGACAAAUCAUAUUAUUUUGCCUUUCAUUAUAAAGGUGGACGUAAAUUGGGUUGUUUUAAAACAGUGAAGCUUUGAGAUUUUGUUGACCUACAGUCAUGCAUGACAUGUUUUUUUUUAAAUGCCCUAUUAAUAUUUGAAUAAAAGGGAAUAAAGGUGACAAAGAAACAACAA